GAACAACAGCAGGAACCGUCCAGAGCAAACUCACCUGGACUCUGCCGGGCAGGAGAGCGAGAGGGAGGAGGAGGAGGUCAUGUGACUCUGCUCAGGUAAACCACCUGAGAAUAGGAAGAGCAGCUGCCAGUUUACUGACACGGUCUCAUCCUUGCUCGGCCAUCAUUGGUGUGUUGCCACGGCGAUGUUCCGCCGCAGGAAGAAGAGGCUCAGGCCGGAGAUCUCGGCGCCGCAGGAUUUCCAGCACCGCGUCCACACGUCGUUCGAUGUCGCCACGGGACGCUACGUGGGUCUGCCGCCACAGUGGCAGAGCGUCAUCGACACACUGAGGAGACCACGCCCCCUGGUGGACCCCUCCAGGAUCACUGAGGUUGAACUCAGGAAGACGAUUGUUCGUGGCAGUUUUAUCGGUCACGGUGACUACAUCGCUCAUGUGAUCUCUGAGAUGAGCCGUCUGUCCGUCACCAGCUCCAACUCUCUGCGCCGCAGCAGCCCGUCGGCACGGAAACGGGCCCGGUCGCUGGGCCGACUGGGAGAGCUGGCGGAGGACGAGUCGUACCAGUACGAGGAGCUCAGUCAACACGGCGGUAAGGUGGGCGGGAGCUCCACCUACUGGCAGGACAGGAUUCGACAGGUCCGCAACGAGAGCCACAGCCCCAAACUGAAUGGAGCUCUGCAGAGAGCCAAGUCCAUCUGCGAGGUGGGGACACUGUCUGAGGCCACGCCCCCCAAACCUAUGACACCUCAGACGACACAUGUGACGGAUUUGCCAGGUGGACAGUAUGCCCGGAGUGAGGGGGCGGGGCUCAGACAGAGACCAACUUCCUGUCACUACAGCCUGCAGACUGUGGAAACCAACAGCAGACCCCACCUGAGACUGAAACCAGCUGUCAAUCACCUGCCUGACCUGCUGUCCUCCUUCAGAGAAAAUCCCAGAAGGCCUCACUCAUCCUACGACCCCAAGCUGACCUCCCCCUCCUCCCCCCUUCUGCUGCCCCCCCCCAACAGCACCAGCAGUCCCCUCAUCACAGGUAGAGGGUUACCUCAGCGUUCGCUACGCCCCUCCUCCAGCUUCAACCUCGGACUUUCUCCAAAGACACCGACCCCCCGCAACCAGGACGGCUCAUCCCAACCCCGCCCCUCCCCCACAGGAUCCCCGGGACGGCCCUCCACCCACCUCUGCCCCUCCUCCACCCAGCUGGCGGUACCUGACGGAGGUAUGAAGGUGACUCACGAGCAGUUCAAGGCGGCGCUGCAGAUGGUGGUGGAUCCAGGAGACCCGAGGAUGACUCUGGAAAACUUUGUGAAGAUCGGGGAGGGGUCCACAGGUGUUGUCUGCAUCGCCCGAGAGAGACACAGCGGGCGGCAGGUGGCGGUGAAGAUGAUGGACCUGAGGAAGCAGCAGCGCCGAGAGCUGCUCUUCAAUGAGGUGGUGAUCAUGAGGGAUUACCGGCACCAGAAUGUAGUGGAGAUGUACCGCAGCGCUCUGGUGGAGGAGGAACUCUGGGUAAUCAUGGAGUACCUGCAGGGCGGCGCUCUCACCCACAUCGUCAGUGAAACCAGGUUGACUGAGGAACAGACAGCGACGGUGUGUGAAGGCGUCCUGCAGGCGUUGUCCUACCUUCACUCUCAGGGAGUCAUUCACAGAGACAUCAAGAGUGACUCCAUCCUGCUGACGCUGGACGGGAGGAUUAAACUGUCAGACUUUGGGUUCUGCGCUCAGAUCAGUGAAGUAGUCCCGAAGAGGAAGUCUCUGGUUGGGACUCCGUACUGGAUGGCUCCUGAGGUGAUCUCCAAAACCGCGUAUGGGACUGAGGUGGACAUCUGGUCUCUUGGCAUCAUGGUGGUGGAGAUGGUGGAUGGAGAGCCUCCAUAUUUCAGUGACACACCUAUCACCGCCAUGAAGAAGCUGAGAGACGAAGCAGCACCGAGUGUGAAGAACAUCCAGAGGGUGUCUCCAGUGUUGAAGGACUUCCUGAACUGUAUGCUGACUCGUGACACACGGCAGCGCUCCAGCGCCGCUGACCUGCUGGAGCACCCGUUCCUGCUGCAGGCCGGCUCACCACGCUGCCUGGUGCCGCUGGUGGAGCAGCACCGCAAACGCAUGUCGCUGUGCUGAACACCUGAGACUCACCUGAGACUCACAAGGGACUCACCAGAGAGACACCAGAGAGACACCAGAGACUCACCUGAGACACACCAGAGACUCAUCUGAGACACCAGAGACUCACCAGAGACUCACUGAACGACACCUCGAACUGCCAGAGCACAGGCCAUGUUGAGCUCAGCUGAGCUCUGAUUGGUUGCUGAGAAGUCUGCAGCCAAUCAUGUACCAGCUUCUCCUCUUCUACCUGCUCCAGCAACCAAUCAGGUCAGUAAAAUCAGGCCAGGCUGAAGCUGAGGGCUGCUGCAGCCUGAACGCAGAGAGGCAGGUGGCCAGCUGCUGGACAGUUUGACUCUUCUGAGGCAGCUGAUGUUACCUGUAACACACCUCUCACCUGGGAGGAGGAAGUCAUCAGACAACAUUCAUGUACAUGUUGGAAAAGGACGUAUCAUAUUACCUGAAUCUUAUUUUAACAGUUUUGUCCAUCAAACACAUCAGCAUGUUAUACGAUGAUGCUGCUUCCUGGUUGACCUUUGACCUCCUGUACUGCAGUUUUUAACAGUGAAAUGGGGGGUUUCAAUAUUUCUACAUUUCAGGGUCGUCAUGUUGCUGCGCAGAGACAAAAAAAACAUGAAAACAUAAAAAAAGAAAAUAAUAUUUUAAUUACUGACUGACUUAAUGACAUUUGGAAAAUAGAUUUAAAGACAAAACGAAGUCUGGAAAACAACAAUCAGCAGGGAAAAUAAUUCUGGUUUUGAUCAUCUGAAUCAGUUUUCUGCUGGUUUUGACUUUUUUUUUAUCUGCAGUCACGUUUCAGAGAUGAAAAGAGAAGAAAAACUCGUACAUGAACUUUACCAUGAAGAACAACUUUAUUAAAAUUACGUAUUUGAGUUUGACAAAAUUAAAUUAAGUUUGUAACAGACCCAUGAAACCACCAGAGGAGGGUGUGCCAGCGUCACUGUUUGCCCCCCUGGUGGGAAAAGUCCACUUGUAUGAAGGUGCAGUACCGCCGGGGGUCGUUAAUGAUUUGGGGUUUGGUGGCGGACCACACAGGCGACGAGGGCUCGAUCCCGAUGUGAAACCAGUGUUGAUGGUUUUUUGAGCCAAACUUUGAUCUUUUCCUAAACUGAAUCAACCUGCGAGCGUCACCUGAAAUGUUUCUCUGGAAGAUUUAUUUUGAAAGUGAAACCUGACGUCACGUAUUUAUUGUUGCUACCUUGACCUCGGAACAAGACGGUGCAGUUUUCAUGCCGAGGCCACGCACGUGGACCGGUGGGGGGAUCGCACGUGAUGCUGGGUUACUUCAGUCGAUCUACAGAUUAUUUCCCAGGAUGCUGUUGUUUGUUUUCCUGUUGUUUGGUUCAUAGAUGGAAGAAGUGGAUUUCUUUUGGAAACUUGCACAGUUCUGCUCAGAAUGUGACUUUGCACUUGUUGGUUAUGUUUUUAUUUGAUCUUUUAUAAAACACGUUAAUAAAACUGUUCAUCCGAGAUGUUCAGUCAUUUCUCCUCUUUUGAUAUCAGAAUAUAUUUUCCUGCAUCACAUUAAUGUGUCAGUUGUUGUUACUCAGUCAUGAAUAGAAAACAACAUGAAUCAUUUUCUAUGAUGAAGAUUAUUACAGCAGCACGUUACAGUACCUGACACAUCUGGUGCUGAGCUACAGCAUAAACGUCGUUCUGCUCCUCUUCCUCCGUUUCUGGAUCCAACAAUCUGACAACCUCACACUGUGAUUGGUCCGCUGUGCGCAGGUGAGAACAUAGGUGGGCUUUGAACUUCUGUCUCAGCACAUGACCUUUGACCUGCAGUGUCAAUGUUUGUCUAAAUGGAACAAACACCACCCCUCUGGCACAUACAGUGAUGUAAAACAAACACCUCAACAGAGUCAAUACACAGUAAAUUCAUCUUGUUCACAGACACACACCCUUUAAACACGCACACACACAUACACACACACACGCACUCACACAAACAUACACACACACAGACACGCACACUCACACACACACACACACACACACACACACACACUGUGUGCAUGCUGCUAGAGGCUGAGAAUUCUGUCCUCCAUCUCAUCCAUUCAUGUCCAUUAAUGUUACUGAUGACUUUGUGCUUCCUUCUGUUUCAGGUUCACGUGGAUCAUGGCUGCACCUGGUCUGUGGAUCAUGGUGACACCCACUGCUUUUGUUAUUAUUAUUAUUAUUAUUAUUAUUAUUAUUAUUAUUAUUAUUAUU